UUAUGUUUCACACUGGAGGAACAGGUGGACUACGUACGUUUACAUUCAGGAUAAAGAGGCUUUGUUUUAGUAGAAAGUCAAAGGUAUGAGCGAGUCGGACAGUUUAACAGCAAGAAGACUAGCUUAACUUAAUGUCAUGUAGUCACCAUCACAACAAAGACACACACGGGGCCUCUUCAGAGGGACCACGAAGUUGGAUGAAACCUUGAAUCCCCAGGGGCAAUUUGUUUGGAGAAGUAUACAAAUAAUAAAAUACAACAUCCACUUAACCCAGUGUCAUUUGCUGUUAAAUGUGUCAUGGAAGACCAUUUGGGAAGGUUUUUUUUUUUGGGGUUACCAUGUUUUCAGAGAAGGUGAUAUAUGUAACUGGUUAAAGUGCCUGUUAAAUCAUUAAUGUCAGAAGUAAAGGUUAUACAGGAGUCCCAAUACCUGCAAUUAAAAAAACAAAAAACACUUUAGUCUAAAGUUAACCAAAGUUAGUCACCAUUAGUCUAAAGUGGAACAACUGUGAAGAAAAACCCCACAAGGUUGAUGAUGCUGUGCACAAACAUUACAUAUAAUAAUUUGCUUGAUAUUGCAAGGAAGAAAGAACAUAAAAACUUUAACACUAGUCACUUAGACUCACCUACCACUUUAUUAGGUAUGCAUGACACCUCAUAAUAAAGUGUCAGGAGUGGUGCUCAGUGAGGUUGUUGUUGUUCUACAGCCCAUCUGCUUCAAGGUUCUGUGAGACUAAAAAAUGGUCUUCAUAAUUUGGUUGCAACAGGUGGUGUUUGCCAACCCUAGAGCUGUUUGUGUGUAAAUCUGCAGUUUCUGAAAUACUCAAACCAGCUAGUCUGGCACCAACAGCCACUUCGCAUUCAAAGACACUGAAAUCACCUUUCUUCAUUAUGAUGCUCAGUCUGAACUUCAGCAGGUUGUCUUGACCAUGUAAACAUUCCUUCAGUAAAUCUGCAGUUUUGUUAAAAAUGUAAUGUCAAUUUAAGUCUUUCCUUGGUAAUGUUUUCUUCUGAAAAUGUGAUCAGUUAAUCAGUUCCCUGUGUAUUUUCUGAAGGCUUAAUGACACUAACCAAAUGGAGGCUUGGUGUUUGAAUCUGGAAGUAAAUAUUCCAAUUUAAUCAAUCUUGGCUCAGAUAAUGGUGACAGGAAAAGUUAAUACUGCCCCUUGCCUAGUCACAAUACUGAUCCAGUCAGUCUUUUAUUGAGUUUCUGACUGUAAACAUCUUUGUUAGUUUUCUUAAUGUGGCUAAUGUUAUAAAUGUUUUUAAUAGUAUACUGUUGCCCAAUUAAACUGUAGAAAGGUUCAUACAGAGGAAAAAUGCAUAAUAAGUUGAGUGAAAUGUCAUUGUCACAUUAUGUCAGAGGCACAGAAAUGAUUUCAGCGUCACACUAUCCUUGGUCACAGUAACAGCAGUGAUAGUCAUUUUAUAAAUUGGCUGCAAAAGCAAAAACUUACUGCUUGGUUACAAUGGCACCUCUUGUGAGAUGACAGGUUAUUUGAUGUGAUGUGUGUAGUUUAAUUGAAAUUGCCAAAUAUGGAGGACAGGUCCUGAAAGUCUUAAGAUGUGCUGAAAUGAUUAGUCUGAAUCAGAUCAUUCCUUUUCUGAGGCCAAAUAUUUGAAUUCUCAAAUGAGUAAGUCUAAUUUUCUGCCAGUGAAGAAGUUUAAAACCAAAAGUGACCUACUUUUUUUUUUUAACUCAAAUCAAUUUUUAAUUGUCUAAUGCAUUUUUUUCACAGUUAUCAUAAUUUUUAAUGAUUUGAUCACUGUUAUCACCCAGCCACUGUAGAUGUUUUGUACUGGACGACUGAUCAAUGAGACAUUUGUAGACUUCACCUUUGGUGCUGAUGUAAUAAAAUGAUUGCUUAAUUUUUGUUGUAUCCACACAUUUAUACCACAAAGCUGUAAAAGACCUUGAAUCUGAGUAACAAUAUUCCGACUCUAUUUUAAUACGUUGGAUGUAUUGGACAAGUUACAUCACCAUAGAAGCCAUUUCACUUUCAGGCAGAACUUCCAUCUGUUAAAUCUCCUUCUCCUUGUCCCGAUCACAUGAGUGCCAAUAGCUGAUUCAUGGUGCAUCGUCUUCUGCAGCAUUGCAGCAUUUCAUAGGGUUUUUUUUUUUUACCCGAGGAGUGUGUUUUGCCAAGAUUUAAGCUCAGCACCCUGCCUGUGUUCUUUCCCUUAAUAGUUAAUUAGUUUAAAGCAUGUCUGCACUUGACCACCAGAUUUGUUUUAGAUGAUAUGGAUGUUAUAUUUGGUUCUCUGCUCAGUUUGACAUAAGUGGUAGUACAACACGAGUGUUGAACUUUUAAGUGGCACAAAAAAUGGAUGUUAAGCUUAACAUCUGGUGUGGCCUCUCUGCCCCAUCUACCCCUGCUUAGGUUCUGCUGAAUCAGGGGCAUUGCUGGAAGCUUUCCAGGCCUGGAGAGGGCAGGGAGGAGCUGUCGGUGCAAAUCUCUGCGUCCUCAACAUCUGAUCAGUCAGCUGUUUGUCUCAGUUAGGCUUUGCAUUUCUGUUACUUCCCUGUUUGUAUGCAAAAAUCACAGGUAUUUACCAACCAAAGAGUGCAGUUUGAUUUAAAAUUUAUCAUGGCAUCCUCAUGUCUGUAGUACUUUUAAAGUUUGCUGAGUCAUUUGCUCCCAUGCUGCCCCCACCAUGCUGAUGUAGCUCUGCCCCUCUCCUCUCUCCCUCCCUGCCUCUGUCAGCUCGUUCAGGAAACGAGGCUAGACACAAUGUAAGCAGCAGUAGCAGCAGCAGCUGUAACUGCCUUCCCACCGCCUCAGACGUGCUAUGCCUACCAGAGAGGGAGGAGUACAAGCCAAUAUCUGACAGGAAUUUUUCAUUACACACUUGUUAAGCAAGGAGGUGGGGGAGCGCUGAUGUCAUUAGCAGGGGUGUGUGAGUGCAUCAGCAGCCAUGUCACAUGCUGCUAGGUGGGUCAGUGAUGCAGACGGAGAUGCAUGGCAGUUGCACCAGGCACAGAAGCAGCAGGUUAGCUCUCCUGUCAGCCAGGGUAGGGGGAGAUAUGAGUCGGAAUUGGCUGCAGUGGGCAGUAGAAGGAUGCUCUUCCCCAACUGUGGUGGCAUGCCCGGUUCCCAGGAGAUGUCAUCCAGGGGCUCACCCGGUGUCAACGACCUGGGCCUGGGCCUCCAGUCUCUGCGUUUGUCCGGCUGGGACAGACCCUGGAGCAACCAGGAGACGGAAUUGCAUUCUAUUUCCUCUCCCUCCCAGAUUGACACCAGCUCACCCUCCAUGCUUGGUAUACUGAACAGUCCCUUAAGUAGCAUCCUUGGGAAGCCACCAGGCUACCUGCCGCCCGAUUCGUUGAACAUGACUGCCGAUUUCCUGGAGAAUUUCCCCAGCAUGGCUCGCAUGGCAAACCGACUGGACUCGAGCUCUUUUUUGGACUCUCGCUCCAGCAGUCCUGAAGACUCUGAGACUAGUGGCUUCAGCUCAGGCUCAGACCACCUCUGUGAUAUGCUGUCAACCUUGCGGAUUUCCCCUCCCCUGCCUUAUCUCGCAUCAAGCAUGCAGAAGGAUCUGCUGCGUAUGAGCUCUCGUCUGGACCCCCAGGACUCCAGCUCUCCACUCACCCCUCCAUCCAGUGCCAGUCCCUCCUCUGUUGCCAUUUCUCACCGCUGGCGUUCUGGCUCUCCAUGGCCUGGUUCUGAUGUGCUUGACCAGUCAGAUGAUGCGUUCAGCAUUGAGAGGGAAGCCCGCUUGCACAGACAGGCUGCGGCCGUUAAUGAGGCCACAUUCACCUGGAGUGGUCAGCUGCCUCCAAGAAGUAACAAGGAUCCUCUGUAUUCCUGCAAGGUCUUCCUUGGUGGCGUUCCCUGGGACAUCACAGAAGCUGGUCUGAUCAACACCUUCAGUGGUUAUGGUCCACUUACUGUGGAGUGGCCGGGUAAGGAUGGAAAGCACCCUCGCUGUCCUCCCAAAGGUAAUGUGGCCAAAGGUUAUGUGUACCUGAUUUUUGACAACGAGAAGUCUGUACGGGCAUUGCUCCAUGCCUGUUCCCAAGAUCCUUUUCACCCGGAGGACAACAGGGAGUACUAUUUCAAGAUGUCCAGCCGCAGAAUGAGAUGCAAAGAUGUGCAGGUCAUUCCCUGGGUGAUCUCUGACAGUAACUACGUGCGCUGCCCUGCCCAGCGCCUGGACCCCAGUAAGACAGUGUUUGUUGGUGCGCUGCAUGGCAUGCUGAACGCUGAGGCACUGGCCAACAUCAUGAAUGACCUGUUCGGAGGAGUGAUGUAUGCUGGCAUCGACACGGACAAGCACAAGUACCCCAUAGGCUCUGGACGUGUCACUUUUAACAAUCAGCGCAGUUAUCUGAAGGCUGUGUGCGCAGCAUUUGUGGAGAUUAAAACACCCAAGUUUACAAAGAAGGUCCAGAUUGACCCCUAUCUGGAAGACUCCAUGUGUCAAGUUUGCCUUCGCCAACCAGGACCUUUCUUCUGCAGAGACCAGGCCUGCUUCAAGUACUACUGCCGCUCUUGCUGGCACUGGCAGCACUCCAUGGACAUCUUGAGCAACCACCGGCCCCUCAUGCGCAACCAGAAGAACAGAGAUUCCAGCUAGAGCAGAUGGAUCCAAACACUCUGAAGGGCCAGAGGAGGAGGAGCCCCUCUGUAAGGGGCACGGCUGCCCGCCAAGGAGAGCACGAGUGCCAGACCUCCCUCAGUACGAGGGCACCAUGGCACUCCACCAGGCACUGGGGAUCUCACUGUAGAAAAUGUUCACUUUUGCACUUGCUACAUUUUUGCUGUUGUUCACAGUGGCACUAUGCACAGUGACCUUAUUGGGAGAGACGAGGGGGCCCUUCACACUUAUGCAUUUUCCCAGACUUGUGGCCAGACAGAAAUAUAUGGGAGUCAGCCCAAAGUUAAGAAGUGGAUGUAAAUGCCAUUUCUUUAUUUUUUCCUUUUUUCUUUCUUUUUUCUUUUUUUAUGUGUUGCAUAGUGAAGAGCAAUCACGCAAGUCUCAUUGCCGUUCAUUGGCAAAUGCCAUACAGUGCCUUUAGAUUUUUAUUUUUCCCUGCUUCCCUUACCCCCAGUUGGCAUCCGUUUUUCCUGUGCAAGUCAACUGGUGUUUCUUACUUUUGGGAGUUGAAUGUUGGGCUUCAUUUAACCAGUCGCAUUUCAGACAUUUUUACGCAGUUUUUUACUAAUUUGUACACAAACGGUUUUAAGUCAUGACAUGAAAAUUUUGAACAGAAUUCUUCCAGGUGGCUGUUUAUGGGAAAACCCCCCUUUUAUUUUUGUUUUUUUUUUUCCUCAUAAUUAUCUGUGGCUAUUUUCUUUUUAAAUUCGCCCUCCCAAAUUUCAACUGAAUGGGCACUAAAUGUUGGAAGUACUACUUUCACUUGCUUUGUUAUAUUAAAUGUAUGUAACACUAGUACUUGAUAUCAUCAACUGGUAAUCUGUCGUCCCUCAAGCAUCUUGAUGGAUCCUGUUGAUAAGAGUGAAUGAACAUUUGAUUGUACAUAGUUUUGAUUUUUGCACUUUUUAAUUUGCACGUGUGGACAGGUGGCAGUGGUUUUUAAUCACUUUUGUACAUCAGCAGGGGGACACGCCUAUGUUGGAACAGCUGCUUGUUUCCUGUUGAAUGUAAGAACUUCCACUUAGCUGUUGAUAAAUUAUCAAUCUAUCGGAGCUUGAGUAGACCUAGUAAAUGAUGCCAUGCUUUCUUAUCCCAUUCUGCCUUCCUGUUCUGGUUGGACACGAAUACGUAACAAGCUGUGUGCCAAAGACGAAAUGUCUUUUCUUUAACCAUUAGGUUUGUCAUGCUGAGCUUGUUGUCACGGAGCCCAGCUGCUUUUUAGAGUUUUGAAAGUCUACCUCAUUGUGGUCUGCCAAGUUUGUUGCUACUUACAGUUGUGGAGUAUGUUCAGGUUGGGCACAAUAAAGGUGUUUAAGCAUUA